CACACACACACACACACAAAGUACAAUUAAUGAAUUAAUGAACACACAAAAAGGACAGAAAAGUAGACCAGCGAAGACCGACAUAUACAGAUCGAUUUCCUACUAAAAACGUUGUGACCACCACUAGGCCUAGAUCUACAUCACUAAUCAUCAAUUUACAGUUACUAUAUUGAUCUCUUUAACUGUAGAUACCUACAGUACCUACUAUUUGUUGUAGUACCAGUAGGGCAAAGCAAGAUUGGCAAAUGGCAACUGUUGAGCACCCGGAUUAGAGAUUAGAGUUGGGCGUGAUCAAGCCGGAAGUAAGAUAUGGCUGUGGUCGUCGUCUGUGGGGAUGUGGAAAACCGAGCUGAAGUUCACCCACACGGUGCUACGCUGACGUCUUGGAAAGUGGAUGGAGAAGAAAUGACAUUUGUAAGCCGCAACGCUGUGUUCGAUGGAAAGAAAGCAAUUCGUGGAGGAAUACCUUUAGUUUUUCCUAAUUUUGGACCUUGGGAGUUGGGGCCGCAGCAUGGGUUUGCGAGAACAUCAACUUGGAAUCUUGUGCAAACUCCAGUGCAGGGAAGUGGAAAUUCAGUUGCAGUGUUUGAACUUGAAGACAGUGAACAGACAAGGGCAAUAUGGAACUACAAGUUCAAAGUGAGAUACACUGUAAGUGUUGGUGAUCAUCAACUAGAAACCAAUCUAGAUGUCACAAACACAGGAGAUCACCAAUUUGACUUUACAAUUUUACUUCACACUUAUUUCCGCCUGCCAGACAUCAGGAAGACAACUGUUGAUGGGCUAAAGGGUUGUAUGUACACCGACAAGGUACACAAAGAUCGUAAAACAGAAAGUCGAGAUUUGAUUUCAGUUGCUGCAGAGACUGACAAUAUGUAUGAAGCAACAUCUUCUGUGCAUCACAUCACUCAUGGAGCUGGUGGAUACACAUUUGUUGUAACAAAACGCAAUUUACCAGACACAGUUGUGUGGAACCCAUGGGAAGAGAAAGCUCGAGCAAUGUCAGAUUUUGGAGAUGAUGAGUAUACAAAAAUGAUUUGUGUGGAAGCAGGUCAUGUAGCCUCUCGGUAUGUUCUGUCACCAAAGCAGACAUUUUCUGGUGGGCAAAUCAUUACUUUGAAGAAAGAAUAGGGUCAACAGUCAUGGAUACACAUUAUGAAUU